UAAUAAUUAACUAAUUAAGAGUCCAAAAUUGAUUUGGACCUUACACACCCCUCUUUCCAAGAAAGAGUAUUGGUCUAUUCUCACAUUUCACAGUGGGAUUGCAAAUUACAGGUAGAAACUUAAAAAGAACCCGAUACACAUACUACACGAUGUGUAUUCGCUCAGGUUGUUUAUUCAUAUUAUGUUAUGGUCCUCUGUUGCACACAUUAAUUGAAGCUUUAAGAAGUAUGUCCUUCAGGAGAAGAAUUGUCGUUUCAUUGAUCGUCCCACUUAGCUGCUUCAUCUUGUUGACGUUUUCUGAAUCUAGAACCGCCCCAGAUGAAGUGGAUGCAUUACGACAAAUUGCCACUACAAUGGGUGCAAAAAACUGGACGUUCGAUCUUGAUCCUUGUGAAAGUACAAUAGUCGGGGUGGUAACACCACAGCCAAAUUGGUCUGAUAAUAGUGUUGACUGCAACUGCACAAUUGGAAAUGAUUCAUUAUGCCAUAUUCAGAAACUUGCAAUAAAGGGUUUCAGUCUUCAUGGAGUUCUCCCUCAUGAAUUGGUAAAACUUCCCUACAUUCAACAAGUAGAUUUUGCGUACAAUUGUCUCACCGGUUCAAUACCAGUAGAAUGGGAAUCAUUAACAUUGAAGUCCAUCUCUGUUCUUGUAAACCGGUUGUCAGGAGAAAUACCAAAAUUUUUAGGAAAUAUUACCACCCUCACAUACUUGAAUCUUGAAGGAAACCGAUUUUCAGGAAUGAUUCCUUCCGAACUCGGGAAACUUAUAAGCCUGCAAAAUCUGAUAUUAUCCUCCAACCUUUUGACGGGAAAGUUACCAGAAACGUUUUCUGGGCUUACAAACUUAACAGAUUUUAGAAUAAAUGACAACAGCUUGAGCGGGCCUAUUCCAGAUUAUGUACAGAACUGGCGACAACUUGCAAAAUUAGAGUUACAUGCGACUGGACUUGAGGGGCCGGUUCCAGGAAACGUAUCUGUUCUAAACAAAUUAACUGACCUGAGAAUAAGUGAUAUAAAUGGACCUUCUCAGGGAUUUCCUCUACUUAAUGAUAUGGGUGGCCUAAUCAUACUUGUGUUGAGGAAUUGCAACAUUUCUGGGGAAGUUCCUGCCUAUAUUUGGAACUCGAGAACACUGCAAACAUUGGAUCUCAGUUUUAAUAAGCUAGUUGGAGAAAUUCCAAACAGUAUUAGCGUAAGAAGUAUGCUAAAAUUCAUAUUUUUGACUGGGAACUCUCUCAGCGGAUAUGUGACUGAGUCAAUUUUGAGGGACGGAAUAAAUCUUGAUCUUUCCUACAACAAUCUGACUCGGCAAGGUCCUGAUCAGCCAGCCUGCCAACAGAACAUGAAUCUAUACGUAAACUUGUACAAGAGCUCUUCAACAGGAAGUUCCAUACAGAGAGUUCUUCCAUGUAUGAAUGGUUUCAGCUGUCCUAGAUGCGAUAUGGCGGCCGGGUGGCGCCGCGACUCGACUUACCGUCGUGACAAGUAUGGGGAUGGUUGUUCCUUUCAUGUAAAUGCGGGAGGUAAUUAUGUAACUACCCAUGCAAGAAAUGAAGAUAUCAGUUAUGAAGGGGAUGCGGGAGUUGAAGGUGGUUCAGCAAAAUAUUUCAGUAGUAGCAACGGAAACUGGGGAUUCAGUAGCACAGGCGAUUUCAUGGAUGAUUCUAAUGAUCAAAAUACACGUUUCGUUGAGACUGUACAAUUAAAUGGUCUUCCUGAGUUGUACAAGAAUGCUCGUGUCUCUCCUCUUUCUCUCACUUAUUUCCGUUAUUGCUUGGAGAACGGGAGCUACGAUGUUGCCCUCCACUUCGCGGAGAUCAUUUUUACAAACAAUGACACAUAUUACAAUCUCGGGAGGCGUGUUUUUGACAUAUAUAUCCAGGAUAACUUAGUUUGGAAGAGCUUCAACAUUGCAGAUGAGGCUAAAGGAGCUCUAAAGCCUGUCGUCAAGCAUUUUAAUGUUAGUGUAACUGAUAAUAUCUUGGAGAUUAGGCUUUAUUGGGCCGGAAAAGGGACCACUCGCAUUCCUCUUAGAGGACAUUAUGGCUCUCUCAUAUCAGCUAUUUCAGUUGAUUCAAAUUUCAAAACUUGUGAAGAUGAGGAUGGGGAUAAAAAGAUAGCUAUUGUUCCUUUUAUUGUUGGACUGGUGGCUGGGUUCAUUGUCUUGAUCAUUAUUGGCUUGCUCUGCUGGUGGAAAGGCUCUUUGUUAUACCGAAAUGGGAAAAAUAAAGAUCCAGAAGGGGUAGAGUUGCAAAUGGUAGCCUAUACUUUAAAACAAAUUAAAGCUGCUACAAAUAACUUCGAUGAUGCAAAGAAGCUUGGAGAAGGUGGCUUUGGUCCUGUGUACAAGGGUCAAUUAGGCGAUGGUACCUUAAUUGCAGUGAAGCAAUUAUCCUCCAAAUCAAAGCAGGGGAACCGUGAGUUUUUGAAUGAGAUUGGCAUGAUAUCUUGCUCACAGCAUCCCAAUCUGGUUAAGCUUUACGGAUGCUGUAUUGAAGGAGAUCAACUACUCGUUGUCUAUGAGUACAUGGAUAACAAUAGCCUUGCUAGUGCAUUGUUCGGUUCUGCGAUGCUGUUAGAUUGGCCAACAAGGUUCAAAAUCUGUUUAGGGAUUGCUAGGGGUCUAGCCUUUCUUCAUGAGGAAUCAAGCCUUAAAAUUGUUCAUAGAGAUAUUAAAGCUACCAAUGUGCUGCUUGACCGAGACCUAAACCCUAAAAUUUCGGACUUUGGACUAGCUAGGCUUAAUGAAGGUGAGAAAACACAUAUCAGCACGAGAAUUGCUGGAACAAUAGGAUAUAUGGCACCAGAAUAUGCAUUAUGGGGUUAUUUGACGUACAAGGUAGAUGUGUACAGCUUUGGGGUUGUGCUACUGGAAAUAGUUAGUGGCAAGAACAACAAUACUUUCAUGCCCAGCCACAAUUGCAUAUGUCUUCUGGAUUGGGCUUGUCAUUUACAACUGAGCGGGAACCUUGAAGAGCUCAUUGAUCCGAGGUUAGGAGAGCGUGUCAACAAAGAUGAAGUAGAAAUAAUUGUGAAAGUAGCACUGACAUGCACCAGUGCGACCCCGUCGUUGAGGCCUGCUAUGUCAGAGGUUGUGGGAAUGCUGGAGGGGAAGCUUGCAGUUCCGCAUGAAAUCCCGGAGGCAGCUACAUAUGCCGAUGAUUUGAGGUUUAAGGCGAUGAAAGACUAUCACAAGGAAAAUCUCAUACAUAACUCCAAUGCCACACUAAUAGGUUCUUCAUCCACUUGCGCUACUAAGUCGGCAUCCAGCUGACAAUGCUCAUUAGGUUUAAAGUGUCUCAGUGACAUAAAAAUUUUGCACAGUAGUUUGUCUUGGUUUAACAAGUGCCCCAAAUCCUCUGUUAAUCAUGCGUUUUAACAGUGGAAAUCAUGUGUUUUAAAUGUUAUGAUGUGAUGAUUGCGCCGAUUAUCAAUUUUUUUGCUUCAUCAGGAUGUCCUAUACCUGAUUAAUUAAUUAUGAUUCCUGGAGUUCGAUGCUUUUUAAAUCAUGAAAUCUUGAGAAG